AACCUAUCCAUCCGCACCGCACCUCCGACGAAAUCUCUUCUUAUUCUUUCAAACAAUCACAAACGCCGAACCAUUACUUGUUCAAACAAUCACACCGCACCACCAGAAGAAGAUAUUCUGUCCGGUUCCACUCGAACUGUCACUACUAUACUUGGCGUGGCGGCUUUAUGUAUCAAAGCUUUCGUAACCAUUCUUCCACCGCCGGAUCUAUCUUUAUCAAUCGGAGUUUCAUCUUCAUCGAUGUUCUUUGCUUCUAUUAUGAAAAGAAGUACUCAGGGGUCGUUGAACACUCCGUUGACUGUUGUUGCUGCUGGAUUGAAGAAAUGGCUGGAUAUUUACAGCGGUGUUUUGUUAGUUAGGGUUUUGCUGAGUUGGUUUCCAAAUAUUCCAUGGGAAAGACAGCCAUUAUCAGCAAUUAGGGAUCUUUGUGAUCCUUAUCUUAGUUUAUUUAGGAAUAUUAUUCCACCCGUUUUCAAUUCUCUUGAUAUUAGUCCUCUUCUCGCUUUUGCUGUAUUGGGUACUCUUGCUAAUAUCCUCACUGUUCCUGUUUAGACCUACCCACCCACACAGGUGUCGGCUACUGAAGAAGAAUGUUUUCAUGAACGAUAAUGCAUUUUCUUCCAACAUUUUGGCAGAAUUUAUAAAAGGAGCUUCUUGAGAAGCAUAGGUUAAAGUUUGGUUUCCGUAUACAAUGUAAUUUUCAGAUUGGUAUAUUUUGGUAGUUAUGUACUUACGUAUAUGGUAUCGAAGAAGGUUAUUGAUUUUAAAUUUUUCCAAUGAUAUGGUGUUUUAUUGAUGGAUGGGUUGGAUAUUCUAGUUGUAUCUUAAUUGAAAUCCAUCCGUUAUUUAUGUGAUCUGUGCAGAGUUUGUAAGCUGCUAGUAAUAUGGUAAUCAUUCUCUUGCAUAAAAUAUAAUUCAUUAUCAAUUUUGGUUAUGAACUUAUGAUGCACCAUGAUUGCUUUGCCAUCUUCUCCAAUUUUGAUUUAGAUAAUCUGAUUUCUUAUUUGAGUUCAAAGCAAAAUCCUUUGUAUCUCUCUGAGUGAGAUAAUUCUGGCUAUAUCAUUAUUCAUUAUACAUAUCUAACCUGAGAAAAUCUUCUUACCAGUUGGAUAAACAACAAUGUAUGAGGAGAGGAACUAGACAUGUCUAGUUCCUGAUAUCUUACUCUUUAAAUGUAAGAAAUCAAUGUAUGAGGAACUAGACAUGCAAUUUUUACCAUAUAUUAACUGAUAUUUUGGUUAUGAACUAGACAUGUCUAGGUGAAUUUUGAAGUGGCAAUAGCUUUAUAUCAAUCCUCAAAUAUGGGAAGCCAAGAUGUUUGAUUUCCUUCACCCCUUCACAUAUAAGGGGCCAUUAGCUUGGGCUUUGAUUGUUUGGCGUUGCAAUUUGACGUUGCAGGGGCCAUUAGUGUUCUCAUCCAUCUUUUACCUGGUAUGUUUUGGCAGUAUAUGUAAUAAUAGGGGAGCAUCCAUGAUAAUUUGUAGGUAUUCUUUCAUUUCUUUUUUUCUUUUGUAUGCUAUGAAUUAGUUGGAGUUUGGAACUGAAUUGGAUCAAUAGUGAUAAAUGAAUUUAAUUAGUGAAGAAGAACAUGUGAGGCCAACUUCACCUUGGAUACCUUUUCCAAUUUUGAUUACUUGAAAUGCAGGGGCCAUGGUUGCAAUUUAUAAAUGAAUUGCGAGAUGUAUGAAUUGCGACUACGUUGGUCAACAUAUUUUUUGGAGUUAUUGGAGGAUUAAGAUUUAUCUGCUGGGAAUUGAGGAUGGUGAUGAAAUGCUUGUUAUGCUUCAUCUGAGAAGACAUGUUUAGUGGAAAAUUAUAAUGAAAAGCUUGCCAUGCUUCAUUGUAGAUGGAACUGGUUUAACUUUGGACUAGGCAAAUUAAUGCAUAAUAUUUGUACCUUCUAUUUUCUAGUAAUAUUAUGGUGCAGUUGCAGCUGCUGGACUUUGCA